GUCAGGAAAGACGUCGCUUACGCUUCGUAUGUACGUUGAUUUAUUCGUAGUUUUAUAGUGAAUAACAAUAUUUGAAUCCCAUAUUAUUAUCGUUAAUAAAAGUGUUAUUUUAAUUUCACUUUGAAGUAUAAUAAAGUGGUCAUUACGAGAGUCCUGAUACGAUAUAAAGGUAGACCAGUAUAAGUGUUGUGCAACAAAUGUGUAGUGAUGUGUAAGUGAGGUGUAGUGACAAAAUGGAGUCGAACCCACUGCCUCUGGAGGCGGAGGACGAGGGCCGGCAGCCACAGGGCUCUUCCACGGGCAGCGGGUCUUCAUCAGGAACUGGAUAUUAUGGACAUAAGAACGGUGAAUGGCGCGGCGAGAGAAGAAUGUUGGAUAUAACAAGAGACAAACCUGUGAAAGUAUGCGUCCGAGUUGUGGUACCCGUACGUGACCAUCCUAAGUUUAACUUCGUGGGUAAACUAUUGGGUCCAAAAGGUAACUCUUUGAAGAGGCUUCAAGAAGACACCAUGUGCAAGAUGGCGGUACUCGGUCGCGGCUCUAUGAAAGAUAGACAAAAGGAAGAAGAGCUACGUGUGUCUGGUGACCCUAAAUUCGCUCACCUAUCAGACGAGUUGCAUGUAGAGAUCAGCGCAUUUGCAACACCAGCUGAGGCACAUGCGCGUAUUGCGUAUGCUCUUGCUGAACUGAGAAGAUUUCUUGUACCUGACUACAAUGAUGACAUCAGACAGGAACAGAUGCUGGAAAUGCAGAUACUGUCCUCACAAAGCGAACAGAGACGACUGACUCCGCCAGACUCUUCUAGAAGUGGUAGCGAGGAAACCCUACCUCUAAGAGAUGUAGGGCCUAAACAAAGACAGAUGCCAAAUAUGCAAGCGGCAGUGCCGACGUCUCUCCCCGGUGGCAUCGCUCUCAGCCCAGCGAAUGCUCGGGAGUUCUCUCCUCCAGCACCCACACCUGCACAGGAACAUAUAUCACAUCAUCAGAUGGCGGCUAGUCACGCUGGUCACGGUGUGCUUGUGGGCAGCGGAGUUCUGCAACAAGCACCAACACAUCAUUUACUCACACAGAACUCUAUAUUGGGUGCGGGUGGGGGGGUUGCGAGCGCGGGCCGCAAGCGGCCGCUGCUGGGUGGCGCGCGGGCCGCCAUGUCGCCGACUAAACGCGCGGUUAUCUCGCUGUUGGCGCGCGCGCGGGCUGCAGCACACAAGCACGCGCCCGCCUGGCCAGCAGCACACGCCCCGCACGCCCCACACGCACCCCACGCGCCCCACACGCCCCACGAACAUACGGCCCUCCUGCCGCUUAUCAGAGACGAGUUCGUCGCGGGCGUCGGGGUCAAUAUCAACUUAGCAUAAAUUAAAGACGUUACAUCAAUAGUUAAUAUAUUAAUAAUCAUUAAACACGUAGACAUUUCUUAACUGAUAUAAUAAGCUUAUAUUACAUUCUCAUGGUAAUCCUUGCGCAAACUGAAUGGGUUAUGGUUAAUAAUUUAGUUUCCUCAGUUUAUCACGUUCUUUUUUAUCUAUACAUUUUUGACUGACGAUUUAAAGAAUACAUAGACUCAAUUUUAGUAUAUAUACCAUUAUCUAUAUAGAGUCGUGUUCCACUAGUGCGACUGCACUGCUAAACCGCGCGACAGUCGCGCGACUAACUGUUUAGUGGAAAAUGAAUACGGCCGCUAUUCUUUGCUUGGAUAUUGUCAGAAAUGAUUAUUGAAUUAGACCCAUUCUGAUUGCUCGGGGAUUUAAAUAAAUUUUAAUGUAUUCAUGUGCCAUACUUUUUUUUACCAAAAUCAAUCCCUAAUC